CUCCUUUCUAUAGAACCAUCCCAGUGCUCCACCAGCCAUCCCUCAACCGCCUCUUCUUCCUGCAGAAGAGGAGUUGCCAAUGAUCCGUCGGCCAGAGGAACCGUCGCGGAGGCAAACCACUCCUCCGAUUUUGCCUUCGCCUGCUCCGCAACCAUCACAGGAACCUGAUGCGGUCGCGGCACUGCCCGACCAACUUGUCGCCUUCCCCGACCAAGUCGCGGAACUACCUGACCCAGUCGAGGCACUACCCGACCCCGCUGCUGUAUUGCCUUUGCAGCCAGCCGCUCAGCCCGUGGGUGAGGUUCCUCUUGUCGCUCCUCAACCAGUCCAACCGAUCCCGCCGCCUCACGACAUAGAGGAGAUUUCUUCCUCGAAGUCGCGCGAAGCUUCAGUCAAUUUUGCCCCAAGGGGUUCGGUUAGUAUUAUUUCUCCUCUGCUUUCUGACUUUCAUCCCGUUCCGUAG